GUCGCAAGAAGAUCACCCACUUUGCUCAAGAGGAGGACGGGACAUUAAGGGCUGCAUGGGAGAGGUACUCCGACUUUUCCACCAAUGCCCACAUCACAAGUUUGGAGAGCAUUUUCGGAUCGAAACCUUCUACGACAGUCUCCUUCAAGAAGACAAUAUUCCCAUUGCUCUUUACGCUAAGGGAACUUGAUGAAAAAGACCCCACUUGAGAUGACCGCUUUAAUUGAAGAUAUAGCGACAAAAGGGUAUGAUUGGGGAUCGAUGAGAUUUGGUGGAAGGGCUGCCAAGAGAGGAGUACACUCCACGGAGGUGAUUUCUCUGCUCACCGCCAAGAUUGACCAAAUGAUAAAUGCACUUCUUGAGGAUAAGAAUCAAGUGAAGAAGUCGUUGAUGGCAUGUGAUGAUUGGUGGUCAAGUACCAACCAUGAGAUUGCGGAUUGUCAAUUGAUGAAGGAAGCAAGCACCCCGGAAGAACAAGUAAGCUACAUCGCCAAUGCUAGGGGGAACCACAACCCUUAUAGCAACACUUACAACCCGGGGUGGCAAAACCAUCCAAACUUCACUUGGUCUUCCCCGAGCAAUUCAAGACCCCCUGGUUUCCAAGGACCGACCGAAAACUAUCAACCAAGGCCUCCUUUCAUUCUACAAAGGCCGCAAUUCCAAGCUUCGAACUUCCAACAACAACCAUUCCAAACGCAAUGUGGACAAGGGUUCCAACAACAACAUCCCGAUAAGUUUGCAAAACUUGAAGACCUGGUUACCACCUUUGUGAGUACAAGCUCACAGAAGUUCGAGAAGAUUGAACAAUUCAUGGACAGAGCAACGAACUUUUUCCCUUCGGUUGAGGUGGGUCUAAGGAGCCAUCAAGCAAGCCUUCAAAAUUUGGAGAUCCAAAUUGGAAUUCUUUCCGGGAUCCUCACCAAAAGACCAAGGGGAGCUCUACCUUUUCAAACUAUUGCCAACCCCAAAGAUCAAAAUGUCGGGUUGAAUGUUAUUCUCUUAAGGAGUUGGAAGGUAACUCUGGAUGUUGUUUCUAAGGAAGUAAUUGAAGAAGAAAAGACUCCGCCAACAGUUGAUGAUCAAGAAAUAUCGGAAGGAGAAGGUGAAGAGGCUAAGAACGCAUUACCAACGUCCCCACUAGUGGUUGAGUACGAGCCUCCUCUUCUUUUCCCUAUGAGAGUGCACAAGGGCCGGUUGGAGGUUGAGUGUGGAACGUUCAUGGAGAUUCUCAAGAAGCUCCACAUUAGCAUGCCUUUCUUGGAGGCAAUGACAUACUUUCCAUGGUAUGCCAAGUAUCGAAAGGGGCUUCUUGCCAAGAAGCAAAAGUUUGAAGACCACGCCACUGUCAUCUUGGGCGAGGAGUGCUCGACCUUCAUUCUAAACAAGUUUCCUAAAAAGCAAUAAGAUCUAGGUAGUUUCACUAUCCCUCUUUGCAUCAGAGCAUGCCAUAAAGAAAAUUACUUGGCGGAUUUAGGUGCGAGCAUUAACGUCAUGCCCUUUAAGCUUUACAAGAAAUUGAACCUAGGUGAAUUGAAAACCACUAGAUUAAGUGUGACAUUGGCUGACCGGUUGGUGAUUAGUGUUAGGGGUAUUAUGGAAGAUGUUCUAGUGAGGGUGGGCACAUUUUACUAUCUGAUCUUGUAGUUGAACAAGGGACAUCACAAAAGUGUAUGAAUUCAUAAUAAUAACCUCCAAUCUUGAAAAUACACAUAAAAUCAAGCACACACAUGCGUAGUACCUACUCUGCGUAAACGUGGGGCAAUAGUCAUGGAGUAACAUUAACAUCGAGCGACCCAACUAUAAUGGUAGUGAGUCUGAUGCUCUCUCUCAUGUCCACCAUCUUGUCACCCAACAUCGAAAUCUCAAAUGAAUGUAGGAAGAUUGC